UCGAUUAUCGCGGUAACGACAUCUGUCACCCAUGCCCUGCUACAAAACACAGAUUUCUCCGACCUUCGAACCAAAUUAAACAUCGCAUCGCAUUAUGGUUAAGGAUGUUACCGAUGAGGAAAACAGUGAGAAAACUAAAGAAAUCAUCGAAGUGGCGAACAAACGAGAGAAUGCACCAAGGAUCGAGCAACCGGUGAGCAGACUGGUGGUCAGCGCUCCGUCAUCUCCUAAAGUGAAAACCGUCACUCCGGAAAUACGGGAGACCAUCGAAAAAUGCGCCCGAAGAUCAAAGUCCUGCUUGGAGGGUAGCAAGAUCAGAUGUACCAUCACUAGCGAGAGACUGGCACAGCUUCGGAAAACCGUCGAGGGUGCCGUUAAGGAACACAAAAUAUUUUCGAUUAAGGGUGGUUGGCCUGUUAUAAGACGAGAACUCCUAAAAAGAGGUUGGGUGGAAAAAUACGAGCAUGGCACCAAACAGAGGCUCACCAAUAACGACGACGUGACCAGCAAUUUACCGGCAAAACAAGAGUGGGAAUCACCCGCGAAUUAUGUGGAGAAAUGCGAACGAACAGUAAUGUCAAGAAUGCUUGCGGCAUACGACUGUGACCUCUACUGGUCCAUGAGGAAGGAAACGUCUGAUCUACAGCAUAGAGGAAACGCUUAUAAACUAAUCAAUCGGUUCAGUAGAUCCUUGUUUGCCUCAAAAGAAGGACUCGCUCUACUUUUACAACAAUCCUAUUGGUAUUGCGAGGAAAACGUGGCAAAUAUCAAUUUUCCAAGGUGUUACGUGCUAGGAUUCCCCGACCACUAUAACUUAUUUGUAGACGAUUUCCGGAUGACCGCUUGCAUGGGAAUACUGAAAUGGUUCACUGAGAGGUACGAGUUGAAGAAGGAAGUGCAUUCCAUUGAGGGCACCGUGCCUCAUAUCGCUUAUAAUUUUGCAAUGGAAAGAUGUGCCGAGUAUAUUGCGUCACAAAGGCAUCAAGAUAUCGACAAGGAAAUUAACAGGAUCUGGGAUCAUGAGUGGGAGCAGUUUUUGGGGUUCUUUCACGCUGUGGUGCAUGAGAAUGAGGUUUUUGUUGAUUUUAAGGAUAAACUUCUAAACAACUAUGCACAAGCGAAGAUAAGACUCAAGGAAAUGGCGAAGUAUUGGCCUCAAUAUGAACUGGACGGCAUGAGGAAUAUAUGGAUAAUGAAACCCGGUAAUAAGUGUAGGGGACGUGGGAUACAGUUGGUCAAAAGCAUAGGUGAAGUCGACAAGAUAAUGGGACUGAAAAUUAAGUACGUGGUUCAAAAAUAUAUUGAAAAACCCUUAAUAAUUUACAAAACGAAAUUCGACAUAAGACAGUGGUUCAUGGUGACCAACGUGCAACCCCUCACCAUCUGGAUAUUCCGCGAUAGUUACCUAAGGUUCAGCGGACAAACCUUUAAUCUGGAAAAUUUCCAUGAAUCGCUACAUUUAACCAACCACGCUGUACAGUGCAAAUAUACCAAUGGACAAAGGGAUAAAGCUUUACCGGACGAUAACAUGUGGGACUGUCAUACUUUUAAAGCGUAUUUGAAGCAAAUUGGAUUCUUGGAUAAAUGGAGUCAGGUUAUAUUUCCCGGUAUGAAACAAAGUAUCAUCUGCGCAAUGUUGGCCAGCCAAGAUACCAUGGACCGAAGACCCAACACCUACGAGAUAUAUGGGGCAGAUUUCAUGCUAACCGAAGACUUCACUCCGUGGCUUUUAGAAAUAAAUUGCAGUCCAGAUUUGAGCUUUUCGACCUCGGUUACUAGCAGAUUGUGUCCUCAAUGUAUGGAGGAUAUACUCAAAGUUAUAAUUGAUAGACGUAAAGAUCAGAAUGCUGAUACUGGCCUAUUUGAAUUAGCUUACAAGCAAAACUACCCCAGAACACCCCCGUAUUUGGGCAUGAAUUUAUCUGUUAGAGGAAGGAAAAUAUUCAGAGCGAAAGCGAAGACUGUAAAGUCAGAAGGAAAGAGCUAUGUGUGUAAUACAGUAGGUGUUUUAUUUAAGGAGCAAAAAGAGAGGCAUUCCUUAACUGUAGCCCGACCAAAACGAGCAACACAACUGAUUAAGGCCGAAAUUUUGAGUGACGCAGCGGCUUCUAGAGCUUUACCGAAAUUACUCUCUCCUAACAUUUACUCAGGACCGGUUAUUGAAGAUCUUAUCGAAGAAUUACACAAAACAAUAUAUGAAUCUGAUAGCGGCAUAGACUUCGCCUUGCCGGUAAACCAGAAGGUGAACACAGAACUGAAUGUAAGAAAGAAACCUACUGGCACGGGAAAGGGCGACAUCAGGAAAAUCAAGCGGAAGCGAAAACUCUAGAAACACAAUAAACGGUCAAAAAGGCAUCGGAGGUGCGACCGGUGCGUCAACGUAUCAACAUAGACGUAGUUAUUUCGGGUUAUUUCGGCAAUGGGCCUCAAAACAUCAAGAUUCGUGGGAAAAAAGCACCGUUAGCAUAUUAAAAGGUGAAAAUAUCGUAAACAAGUCGGAAAGUUCGGCCGGUCACGUGGACGUCGGGAAAAAUUUCGUUAAAAGUGUACCUUGUCUUAAUUUACAGACUUUUGACUUGAACAAGUUGUUACCGGAAAUAAAUGCAAGUUGUAGCAAUA